CAUAUUUCUUUAAUCAUUAUUGUGUGUAGUGGUCACAAAACAAAGUAAUAAUUAUUAAUAAUGUUCAUUUUGUAACAAGCAAUCUUGUUACAAAAUAAUUAACGUAACAUUUUAAGAAUGACGCUAACUAUGACAAAAAAAGUUAGCGAGGUUCAAGCAGAAACCGUGCAGUUUAUGUCCUUAGAAAAAGCAGAAGAUGAACAUAGGCAAGAUGGGGAUUACAGUUCAGGCUCCACUCUUCUUCGACGAGGCAAGAGGCUGGAAGACAACAAUAAUUUAACCAAAGAAGACAUAGAAUAUGUGAAUUAUCGCCAGUUGCUGAAGUAUGAACAGGCUCCAGAGUAUCUCCAGCACAAUCCUUACAUAAGAGAUGGUUAUAGAAAACUAUUACCUACUAAACUUUGUUGGGAGAGUAUAUUCUGGUGGACUAACGAAACGAUGAACAUAUGGACUCACUUGUUCGGUUUCUUCCUGGUGCUCGGGCUGACGAUCAACGAUCUGGUCAUCAUCAACAUCCACGCCACCUUCACAGACAAAGUGGUGGCUGCAAUACUUCUCUCAUGUUUCAUGGUGUGCAUGGCGCUGUCAGCGCUAUACCACACGUUCUCAUGCCGCUCGGAGUGCGACUACCACGCGUUCCUGAUGUACGACCUCUUCGGCAUAGCGCUGUCGCUGCUCGCCAUAUACACCUCCGGCGUGUACUACGCGUUCUGGUGCCACCAUGAGCUAAAGGCGUUCUACAUGGUGUCCGUAACGCUGAUCUUCGUGGUGGCGAUGGCGCUGCAGAUCCCGCGGCUGAACGUGCCGUACCUCGUGAAGAUGUGCGUGUUCAUCGGCUGGGCGGCGUACGGGGUGCUGCCCACGCUGCAUUGGUGCUACGCCAUGGGCGGCUUCGAGAACCCCAUGGUGCAGAUGUUCUUUCCUCGAGUGAUAAUGAUGUACAUUAUAAGCGGAACUGCAUUCAUCAUUUACGCAUUUAAGAUCCCGGAGCGCUGGUUCCCGGGCCGCGUGGACUACAUCGGGCACUCGCACCAGUGGUGGCACGUGCUGGUCAUGGGCGCGCUCUACUACUGGCACAACUCCGGCAUGAUGUACGUGCAGUACCGCAUGAACCACGGCUGCGCGAACACCAUGCGGAUAUUCUGAACACUACACAACACCUAC